AUGACUAAAACGUACUUCAACUACGAGUUAAAACACUUGAAAACAUCGAAAACUUUGUGGGGAAAUUUGGUGAAAAUUCGCCGCAACAAAGGCAUACCUAAUCCUAAUCUUAAUCGUGAUCCAAAUGUUAAUUUUAAUGUAAAUUCCAAUCGCACUAUUAAUCUCAAUCGUAAUCUAAAUCUUGAUUUUAAUCCCAAUAAUAAAAUUUAUCUUAAUCCUAAUCUUAAUCUUGAUCGUAAUCCAAAUCUUAAUCUUAAUUUCAAUGAUCUCAUUCUUAGUUCUAAUCUUAAUAUUAAUCUUAAUCUCAAGCCUAACUAUAAUCCUAAUCUUAAUCUUGAUCCAAAGUUUAAUCUAAACGUAAAUUCCAAUCUCGCUAUUAAUAUUAAUCGUAUUAUAAAUCUGGAUUUUAAUCUCAAUUUUAGACGUAAUCCUUAUACAAAUCGUAGUCUUAAUCUUAAUCGCAAUCUUAAUCUUAAUCGUAAUCUCAUCUUAUUAUAUUAG